GUGCCAUAUCUUAAUCCCUCUAAAUAUAUGUGGUAUUGCUCUGUUUCUUCAGAGGGAGAGAUAACAAUCAGAAUCAGCCAUGGAUCUGCCUCUGGUUACCCUAGUGUUUGCAAGUAUUCUCACUUUCUUUAUUCUUAAAUUGUUAUACAACCAAACCCAAAAUUCUACCAAUCUUCCACCAGGGCCACGCCCCUUUCCUAUCAUAGGAAACAUCUUAGAACUUGGAAGAAAUCCACACAUAGCACUCACCAAACUCUCAAAGAUUUAUGGACCCAUCAUGACAUUGAAACUAGGCACCAUAACCACCAUAGUCAUCUCUUCUCCACAAUUAGCCAAACAAGUGUUGCAAGAGCAUGGCCAAAUCUUUUCUAGUAGGACAAUCCCUCAUUCAGCUCAAGUAUAUGACAAUCACAAAAUCUCAAUUGCGUGGCUUCCAACAAAUGCUAAGUGGAGGAAGCUUAGAAAAGUUUGUGCCACUAAAGUAUUUUCCCCACAAGUGCUUGACUCCACAAAAGUCCUUCGUCAACAAAAGCUGAAAGAAUUGUUGGAUUUUGUAAAGGAGAAAAGCAGCAAAGGUGAGCCUUUGGAUCUUAGUGAGGCUAUUUUCUCAACUGUCCUCAAUUCAAUUUCAAACACUCUCUUCUCUAUGGAUUUGUCUCACACUACAUCUGAUGAAAAGUCUCGAGAGUUUAAGAGUAUUAUUGAGGGCGCCAUGGGGGAUGCUGGAAAGCCAAACGUUGCGGAUUUCUUUCCCAUUCUUCGUCCAAUUGACCCACAAGGUCUUCAUGCAAGGAUGACCAGCUAUUUUGUGAAGUUAGCUAAGAUUGUUGAUGGAAUUAUUGAAGAAAGAAUGUGUUCAAGAGCUGAUUCUAAGAUUUCCAAUGAUGUGCUAGAUUCACUUCUUAGUGAAAUUGAAGAAACAAGUUCUCAGUUGAGCCGCAAAGAAAUACUGCAAUUAUUUCUGGAUUUAUUUAUUGGUGGGAUUGACACAACAUCAAGCACGGUUGAAUGGGCGAUGGCAGAGCUACUGCGCAAUCCUAAUAAAUUAACAAAAGCAAAAGAAGAGUUGUAUGAAAUAAUUGGUGAAGAUGCAACACUUGAAGAAUCACACAUCUCAAAGCUACCUUACUUACAAGCAGUGGUGAAGGAAACUCUUCGCUUGCACCCUGCAGCUGCAUUUCUAGUACCACAUAAGUGUGAUGAAGUCGUGAACAUAUCUGGCUUCCAAGUGCCAAAAAAUGCUCAGGUAUUGGUCAAUGUGUGGGCCAUGGGACGGGAUCCAACCAUUUGGGAGAAUCCAAACAUGUUUGAGCCUGAAAGAUUUUUGAAAUGUGAGAUUAAUUUCAAAGGUAAUAAUUUUGAGUUAAUACCAUUUGGGGCAGGUAAAAGGAUAUGCCCUGGAUUACCAUUAGCUCAUAGGUCAGUGCAUUUAAUGGUGGCCUUCCUGCUACACAACUUUGAAUGGAAGCUAGCUGAUGGGUUAACACCAGAAAACAUGAAUAUGGUAGAGCAUUUCGGGUUAACCUUAAAGAAGAUCCAGCCACUUCGAGUUCAAGCUAUUUCAGUCAAGGACAAUUAAUUAUAUAUAAGAGUAAUGCUCUUCUGAGUUUCGUGUAUUUAGGAGGGUAAGAGACACUUACGGUACCCUGCUUGUAAUGUAUAGAGUAGUUUGCAGUUUUUAACUUACAUGUUUGUGAUAAGUUAACAAGAAUUUAAUCACAAACUAUUCUACAAGUUACAAGCUCGUGUACCUUACAGCACUUAUUUUGGUUAUGUAACAGACAAUAGAUAAGUUGGUGAUAAGUUAACAAGAAUUUAAUCACAAACUGUUGCAUGUGUCAUCCUUAAUAAUCUUUUUUUUGGAAGGUCUAAUAAUCCAUAAAGGAUAGAGUUAUUUUCAUCUUCUUAUCUUAGUAAUUCAUAUUUCACCAUAGUGAAAAUUGGUGAUGUUCAAAUAUCUUUUUGCAUAUGAUUGAACCUUUGGAAUUUGGUUUGGAUAUGUAUUGUUUUAUUA